AUGUCAAGCAACCUAAUGUCAAGUAAUGACCAAAAGGAAGAAAGAACUUUGGAAGAAGUGCAAAGGAUUCUUGAAUUUGCAAAGCUGAAAAUCUCAGACAUCAAGCCAUUUACGCAAUGCAUCAAUUUCUCUGAAGAACUCGACAAUGAAAAACUUAAAUUGUUGGAGGUUGACAAGAAGACUUUGGAAACACUGGAAGCUGGGAAAAGCCUUGUGAUUCGAGGUGAGAAGAACAAUAAUGCAAUUUUAUGUACUGAUGAUAAAACGUUUGAACUUAAAGAAGCCGAAAUGUCCAAUUCACUGCUGGUUAUACCAGACUGUGUCUUUGGAAGUGAUAUCUCUGCUGAAGGCUGUCCCAAACUCUCUGACUUAAAGGUUGUAUCCAGCUUGCAAACAUAUUAUGAGAUGCGUCCAGUCCGCCCCAAGUUGGAGAAACUGAAGUUGCUUCUGGAGAAAAACCAGUACAGUGGUCAGGAAUGUGAAGAGGAUAGCGAACAUCAAGGUCCCAAGUUUACGACUGAAAAUUUGUUGGACAUUGUCCAGGCCAGUGAGAAAGAAUUGUCUGAGGGACUCAAAGUAAUGGAUGCUCUUCAAAUUGAAGGCUAUUGGCGAUUGCUAGAAUUUGACUUCCUGACACAAGUUCUGUCUCACAUUCUUCAACUGGCCGAGGAAGAAGAUUGGCUGUUUGCUGGUGUGCCUGUCAAAUCCUGCUGUGAUGUCUUGGGGGAGCUCUACUUACGGUCUGUUGUGGAACAUGUUCUACGCAUAUAUUCUGAGGAUACAGAAAACAGUGCUUCUGAUGAUGAGCUUUUGAAGCUGUCGGAAGACAAAAUUUGCAGGUUUUUUGCAAAACUAACUAUAAAGAAUACAGGAAAGUUCAACCUGGCUGAAUUUAUACAAGUCUGGAAGCAGUGUGUACCUGAAGGAAUGACGCCAAACCUUAGACAGCUUGAGGGAAUGGCUCUGGUGAAUAAGAAUAGCAAACCUGAAGUGAUAAGUUAUUUCCCAGUUGAAGAACUUCCUCAAGAUAUUGGCCAAAGAUUCAAUAUCUUGUUCCAAACCCAAGAGAAAUGGACAUUAACAGAAAUUACACCCUACCUCAAGGACCUGGAAGGAGAGAAACAAAAUAUUGGUAGCAUGCUGUUAAAAUUUGCCAGAGCUUCCACACAAAAUGGCCAAAAAGUAUUCAGUUCUCGACAUCCCAUCACUUGA